GAUGUGAGGGUCGCCAUGGAAGCUGCUUUGGGGGAGGAGGGGGAAGCGGAAUUUCUGGGCUGCCAGAACUGACAACCACAUCCUGCGUUCCUUUGCCACCCCAAAAUAUUUUGACCGCAGCCUUCUGCCUUCUUGGAUUCCACCCCCCCCCCACCUUUUUUCCCCCCUCCAUCUCUUAUGUAGCUAUUUAGCAGAUGGGGGGGGGUGUUUGUUUUGUUUUUAAGGUCUGCACCUUUCCCCAACUCGUCCCUCAACCAUUGUGCCCUUAAGUAUCUUUUGAAUUACCCCCUAAUUUCCUGAGGUUAUGUCCUUAACCUGUGAGGUUUGGUGUCCGUGCGCCCGCAUUGCAGGACCCUGCCCGUGGAGAAAAUGGUUCAUUCUCGUCCUCAUCCCUUUUCCAGCCUUGCUAUUGUGCGCCAGUGAUUGACAAGACCACGAGGCUGAGCUCGCCCAGGAGAUUUUUCUAUAAAUGGCUUAAAACCCUGGUCUAGACUAUUCGCUCCGAUGUAAGGGGGACAAUCACCUUCUUGUUCUUUGCUGGUGAACCCUGGCUCUGUAGGGCGAACCUGGAAUUUAACCAGUCUGCCCUAAGCUAGCGGUGGAGGACGAAAACAGCUGCGUCCUCCUGAAAGGUUGAAAGUGAAGGGCAGCGCUCCCAGGACGCUCUCCUUUGGGGCUGGUGCCCGGGUGCUUGAUCUUCCUCCUGUUUGCUUGGGUACCUGAGCGGAGCACGCGGUGUGAUGGACUGCAGUAACGGAUGCUCCCCAGAAUGUACCGGAGCAGCGGGAUCAAAAGAGACGGUGGGGACUUUCAAGGCUAAAGAUCUAAUAAUCACACCAGCCACCGUUUUAAAGGAAAAACCAGACCCAGCGACUCUGGUUUUUGGAAGUAUUUUCACGGAUCACAUGUUGACCGUGGAGUGGUCCUCAGAGUUUGGAUGGGAUAAACCACAUAUCAAGCCGCUUCAGAACCUAUCAUUGCAUCCUGGCUCAUCAGCUUUCCACUAUGCAGUGGAAUUAUUCGAAGGAUUGAAGGCAUUUCGAGGAGUAGAUAAUAAAAUUCGACUCUUUCGGCCAAACCUCAACAUGGAUAGAAUGUACCGAUCUGCUGUGAGGGCCACUUUGCCGGUAUUUGACAAGGAAGAGCUUUUAGAGUGCAUUCAACAGCUUGUGAAACUGGAUCAAGAAUGGGUCCCCUAUUCAACAACUGCUAGUCUCUAUAUUCGUCCUACAUUCAUUGGAACUGAGCCUUCCCUUGGAGUCAAGAAGCCUACCAAAGCCCUGCUCUUUGUAAUCUUGAGCCCAGUGGGACCUUAUUUUUCAAGUGGAACCUUUAAGCCUGUGUCCCUGUGGGCCAAUCCAAAGUAUGUCAGAGCCUGGAAAGGUGGGACUGGGGACUGCAAAAUGGGAGGGAAUUAUGGCUCAUCCCUUUUUGCCCAAUGUGAAGCAGUGGAAAACAGCUGUCAGCAGGUUCUGUGGCUGUAUGGAGAGGAUAAUCAGAUAACUGAAGUUGGAACCAUGAAUCUUUUUCUUUACUGGAUAAAUGAAGAUGGAGAAGAAGAACUGGCAACUCCUCCGCUAGAUGGCAUCAUUCUUCCAGGAGUGACGAGGCAGAGCAUUCUGGACCUGGCACGCAAGUGGGGUGAAUUUAAGGUGUCAGAGAGGUACCUCACCAUGGGUGAUUUGACAACAGCCCUGGAGGGGAACCGAGUGAGAGAGAUGUUUGGCUCGGGUACAGCCUGCGUUGUUUGCCCAGUUUCUGAUAUACUGUACAAGGGUGAGACUGUACACAUCCCAACUAUGGAGAAUGGUCCUAAACUUGCAAGUCGGAUCUUGGAAAAAUUGACUGAUAUUCAGUACGGAAGAGAAGAGAGCAACUGGACAAUCAUAGUAUCCUAAAUGGAAAAUACAGGAUAUCAUCUGUGUGCUAUGGAGACAAACUGUCGCAGUUGAAUUACAAUAGAUUUCUUUGGCUACCUGUUUUUAGUUGUGCCUAAUGUAGUUUGUGUUAUCAGUUGUUACCAGGUGAUUGUUUCCUCAUGCCAGAGAAAAUGAAUUGCAAUCAUCAAGUGGUAUUUUGUAAACUCAGUGUUAAAAGCUUACUUCACCUUCUCUUCAAAAGAUGAUAAUGUAAGCCAUACAGCAUAGACUUUUCCUCAAUAAUCUUAGUGCCUCCCUUAUUAGUUUCCUCAGAUACAAAAAUAUUUUCUUCCUUAGUAUAAGUUAUGUUCUGCUCCUCAACCAAAUGAGUUUCUUUGUGUUUGAAAACUGAUCUGAGUAGAUUUCAUAGGUAAUGUUUCCUGUGACAUUAUCUUCAUCUUCAGAAAAUGGUUGUGGGUUUUUGUUUUGUUUUGUUUUGUUUUUUAAUAAUCAAGACUGAAAAACUGGUAUUUCUGCUUUCACAUUUUUCUUUGCAGGCCCCUUAAAUCCAUCUUAAAGGGUAGAUCUCCUUUCUUCCUGAUGUCACAGUCUCCUCCAGGCUCUCCUUGUGCAUCAGCAGGACCUGUGCACAUCUCCACCAUUGUCCUUUCCACAUUGUAUUGUAAUUGGCUGUUUGUCAGCCUCCAACACAAGACUGAGGCUCUUGUGCCUUUGAGAUCUUUGUAUCCCCCUGCCUGGCACAUAAUAGGUACUCAUUAAAUAAUGAAUGAAUGAA